UGCGUCUGCCUGUGGCCCUGAUCUGCCCCCUCGUGCGCGCACGCGCGUGAUCCGAUCUGCGUCGUCGCGCGCGGUGCGGAUCUUCGUGUCCGCGGGCGGGAUCUGGUGGCGGCUGCCGCCGUUGACCCGCUGCGUCGUUGUUUUGUUCUCGUGGCUGGAUUGUGCGGGAAGGCGAGGCGUAGGCGCAGAUCGGCUCCCGUGCUCGCUCGCGCGCGCACGGGAAAAUGAAUUCAUUUUGGCUCGGAUAAAAAAGAUAAUGCAAGCAGAUGAGGACGUUGGCAAGAUUGCACUAGCGGUGCCUGUUUUAGUUUCAAGGGCUCUUGAAUUGUUUUUGCAAGAUUUGAUUGAUCGGACCUAUGAAAUUACUCUUCAAAGCGGCGCAAAGACUCUGAAUUCCUUCCACCUGAAGCAAUGUGUGAAAAGGUACAGUUCUUUUGAUUUCCUGACUGAAGUUGUCAACAAGGUACCAGACCUUGGUGGUGCAGACUCUUGUGGGGAUGAAAGAGGAUUACCUAGAAGAAGAAAGUCAAAUGGCAGUGACCCUGAGAAUGAUGAAUCAAGAUCCAGCAAAAUGGCCAUAAGAAGUGCGAACAUCAGCCCUAGAGGCCGUGGGAGAGGUCGAGGCAGGGGGAGAGGGCGGCCACCAACCAAGAGAAAGGAAGUUGGUUAUGUACAGUUUGAGGAUGAGAGCAGCAUGUUUGCUGAACAAGGGGAACCCUUACCAGGAGACGAGACAGUUCCAGAGAGCAACCAUGGCAAUGAAAACAUAAACCAAAGUGCACAACCUCCAGUAGAGGCUCCCCCACCAGCAGCUGCGCCAGGUGCAUCUAAGGUGGAAGAAGCGAAUACCGACCAUCAGUCAGAUUGGCCAAUGCCAGAUGCUGCCACUGGAAACAUUGGUGUCGGUCCAUCUGGUUUUGGCCAUCUGACGGUGCAGGUUGAUGAGGAUGAGGACUACGACAACGAGGAUUAGUCAUGGUCGUCCUCAUUGUAUGGACUAACAGGACUGUUCUGGUGUUGUAAAAUGUAAAUAUAGUUUGAAGUAGUUGCCACAGCUUAGCUGUGAUGGACUGCUGAUGUGAUGCAGUUAUGUAGCUGUCCUGUGUAACUUUGGUUUCCCAAUAAUUGCUUGGUUGUUGCCUCUUAUUGAUUGACUACAAGCGUUUUGGCAUAUUUAACCGCAUAUUUGAGGAGUGCUUGACUAUUUAUAUUGUAAUAUUUUAUCAGUGAUUCUUUAUUGUACGACA